AUUUCCUUCAUCCUUAAACGAGAGCGUAUAGUCAUAGUUUAUGUUUUCAGACUGCACGAAAAUAUUAGGUAUAUAGUGUGUGAUGGUAUAGUGUAGUGUAUUCGCCUCUAUCUAUUUGAUUUCCAAGGUAUAGAUGAAAUAAAAUAUCAUUGUGAUAUUAUUCAAAAGCCAGGAAAUAUCAUCAUGGAGGACAUCAAUGGUUCCGGUAACGGAAACGCAGAACCAGCAUUUUCUGAAGAUAUAUCCGAAGCUAUCAAAACAAAACUUAAUAGAGAACACUUCCUCAUCCUCAAACAUAAACUGGAACCACUUCCAAUACGAACUGGUUUAUUGGGAGACCAUAGCAUCCUUCAAGUACAAAUUUUGCAUGAGGAUGGACAUUCUGAAAGUUUUCCUUUCUUCAUCAAAUAUUUUCCUAAGAUGGAAGCAUGUGCAAUGUUUGCAGAAGGUAUAGGAGCCUUCGAAAAAGAGAUGUUUGUGUACAAGCUUUUUGAAGAAUUCAGGAAGAGUGGGAUAAAUAUCAUUAACAGUGUUGUACCAGAAUGUUAUCUAGCGAAAAGCAACAAAUACUUUUUCUUAGAAGACCUUACAGCUGAUGGUUUCCACGCAUUGGAUAAACAUAAAGUCCUGGAAAGCGAAACGUUGGUUAUAUUACAAUCAUUAGCAAAAAUUCACGCAAGUAGUAUUAUCUAUGAAGAAAAGAUAGGAAAGACCUUGCUCGAAAUGUUUCCAGAAAACUUUGCAGAAUCUUUCUUCAAUGAUCGUGAGGGAUUCAUCAAUGAAGAUGGUAUCAACGCUUCCAUUAAAUGUGUAUUAAACGAAAUUGACAUUUUCGAUUUUCCUACAAAGCUCAGUUCAGGAAAAAACUUCCGAGACGUUGCUGAAAAAGUUUGUCAUAAAAUUUAUGAUUUGGUGAAGCCCUCUGAAAAAUUCAGGAAUGUCUUGACACAUGGUGAUCUCUGGGCCACAAAUUUUCUUUUGAAAAAAGGAGCUGAGGGCUCACAGUGUAAGUUCGUUGACUUUCAGUGUGGUAGAUAUGUCCCUCCUGCGCAAGAUGUGAUGUCUUUGUUACACCUAACAACUUCCAGGGAGUUCAGGAAGGAGCAUAUGUAUGAAGUUAUCGGAAUGUACUAUAGUUGUUUGGAGAAACAUUUGAAAGGGGCUGGACUGGUUCCAGAUAAACUGAUUCCAUUUGCUGAAUUCCUCGACAGUUGUGAAGAACAAAAAUCAUUCGCUAUAGUGCAAACUGCAAUCUACUUUCCACUGGUACUGGUUAGGAGUAAUGACAUUGAGAUUUAUUUUUCGGAUGUGCAUCUCAAUAAGAAAGUGUUAUUCGAAGAUAGGACUCAUUUGGUCUUAGCACACAAAGACACAGACACAUUUUAUGCACAUAGGUUGAGAGAGUCCAUUCAAGAUUUGAAGGAUUUUUGUGAAUAUAUUUGAUGAAAAAUACGAAACGGUAACACAAUUGAUAAAUGAACAUAUUGAAAUUGAAUAAAAUUGAGAAAACACUUG